UCAUUUCUGCCACUGCUUCACUCGGCGCCCGACAUCGCCCCGCUUAUUUAAUUCCCCACCCGCUUCAAAAUCCCUCCCUUCACGCCUCUCCGAUUUUCACUACAAAGCGGGAAAACUCGAAGGAAAAGAAAGCGAUGUACUUAUAUUAUUGGUAGUAGUAUUAGGUAUCUAGUGUUGGAAAUGGCGAAUGUAAUUGAUCAAGAUCAGCAAUGGCUGCUCAACUGCUUGUCCGCCACUCUCGACCCCAACCACGAGGUCCGCACCUUCGCUGAAGCUUCCCUUAAUCAGGCCUCUCUUCAACCAGGUUUUGGAACUGCCCUAUCCAAGGUUGCUGCAAACAGGGAGCUCGCACUGGGUUUGCGACAGCUAGCUGCCGUCCUUCUGAAGCAGUUCAUUAAGAAACACUGGCAGGAGGGGGAGGAAUCUUUUGAACAUCCGGCUGUUUCAAGUGACGAAAAGGCAGUUAUACGCAGACUUCUUUUGUUGUCAUUGGAUGACUCUCAUAGAAAAAUUUGCACGGCAAUUAGUAUGGCCAUGGCAUCCAUUGCAGUCUAUGACUGGCCAGAGAAUUGGCCUGACUUAUUGCCAUUCCUGCUGAAAUUGAUAAGUGAUCAAACUAAUAUGAAUGGUGUGCAUGGAGCUCUAAGGUGCCUAGCUCUUGUCUCUGGAGACAUUGAUGAUAAAAUGGUGCCAGCACUAGUACCUAUUUUGUUCCCAUGCUUGCUUACAAUCGUGUCAUCUCCUCAGGUCUAUGACAAAUACAUCCGCACAAAAGCCCUUUCAAUAGUUUAUUCAUGCACCUCCGUGCUGGGGGCAAUGAGUGGUGUAUAUAAGACAGAGACGGCUGCACUAAUAAUACCUAUGCUUAAACCAUGGAUGGAUCAAUUCUCUAUUAUCUUAGAACAGCCAGUGCAAUCUGAAGAUCCUGAUGAUUGGAGCAUUAGAAUGGAGGUUUUGAAGUGUUUGAAUCAGUUUGUUCAGAAUUUUCCUACCCUUGAAAGUGAACUUAUGGUUCUUGUCGGACCAUUGUGGAAAACAUUUGAAUCAUCUCUCAGGGUAUAUGUGAGAUCAUCCAUUGAAGGUACAGAAGAUUCAUAUGAGGGAAGAUAUGACUCUGAUGGUGCAGAGAAGAGCCUUGAUUCAUUUGUCAUCCAGCUGUUUGAGUUUCUGUUGACCAUCAUGAGUACUGCAAGAUUGGUAAAGGUUAUUGCAGAUAAUGUCAAGGAAUUGGUGUAUUAUACUAUUGCUUUUCUGCAAAUAACAGAACAGCAGGUACAUAAUUGGUCAGUAGAUGCUAACCAAUUUGUCGCUGAUGAGGAUGAUAUCACUUACAGCUGUCGUGUCUCCGGUGCACUUUUACUAGAAGAGGUUGUCAAUAGUCUUGGCGGUGAAGGAAUUGAUGCCAUCAUGGAUGCUGCAAAAAGGCGAUUCAUUGAGUCUCAACAGGAAAAAGCUGCUGGUUCUACAGUGUGGUGGAGGAUGAGGGAGGCUACUCUAUUUGCAUUGGCAUCUCUUUCAGAACAACUGGUUGAAUUAGAGGUAUCAGGACCGGCCGGAGUUGACGUAGGAAACCUUCUGGAGCAAAUAAUUACUGAAGACAUUGGAAUUGGGGUACAUGAGUGUCCCUUUCUUUAUGCUCGUAUUUUCACAUCAGUUGCUAAGUUCUCCUCUGUGAUGAGCCGUGAAGUACUUGAUCACUUCCUCUACGCUGCUAUCAAGGCAAUUGGCAUGGAUUUGCCCCCACCUGUAAAAGUAGGUGCCUGCCGGGCACUUUCCCAGCUCCUACCUGAAGCAAACAAUGAAAUUAUUCCACCCCAAUUGAUGGAUUUAUUUUCUUCACUUACAGGUCUUCUUAACCAUGCAUCUGAUGAAACCUUGCACCUGGUACUCGAAACACUGCAAGCUGCAAUUAGGGCAGGCAAAGAAGCAUCGGCAUCUGUGGAGCCCAUCAUCUCUCCCAUAAUACUUAAUUUGUGGGCAUUGCAUGUUUCAGAUCCUUUUAUCAGCAUUGAUGCACUUGAGGUUCUGGAGGCAAUAAAAAAUUCUCCUGGUUGUAUACAUCCACUGGUAUCCCGAGUUUUGCCAUACAUUGGGCCAAUCUUGGACAAACCCCAACAGCAGCCUGAUGGAUUAGUAGCAGGAUCAUUGGAUCUGAUAAAUAUGCUUUUGAAGAAUGCUCCUACUUAUGUAGUGCAAGCAGUAUAUGAUGCCUGUUUUAAUCCUGUUAUCAGGAUAGUCCUGCAAAGUGACGAUCAUAGUGAAAUGCAGAAUGCGACAGAAUGUUUAGCUGCUUUUGUGUCUGGGGGAAGACAAGAAGUGCUCACUUGGGGUGGUGAUUCGGGAUUUACUAUGAGAAGUUUACUUGAUGCAGCUUCCAGACUUCUAGACCCUGAAUUGGAAAGCUCUGGUUCUCUUUUUGUUGGAAGCUACAUUCUGCAACUUAUAUUGCAUCUUCCCUCACAAAUGUCACUGCAUAUAAGAGACCUGGUUGCUGCUCUUGUUAGACGGAUGCAAUCUGUUCAAAUAAUGGGAUUGAGAAGCUCAUUGCUACUUGUUUUUGCUAGAUUAGUUCAUAUGAGUGCCCCAAAUGUUGAACAAUUUAUUGAUUUGCUAAUCAGCAUCCCGGCUGAAGGCUAUGAUAACUCCUUUACUUAUGUAAUGUCAGAAUGGACGAAGCAGCAAGGUGAGAUUCAGGGGGCAUAUCAGAUUAAAGUCACGACCAGUGCUUUGGCAUUGUUGCUUUCCACGAGGCAUACUGAACUGGCAAAAAUUAAUGUCCAAGGCCACCUAAUUCAGUCUGCCACGGGGAUAACCACACGCUCAAAAGCUAAAUUAACUCCAGAUCAGUGGACAAUGGUGCCGCUUCCUGCAAAGAUGCUGGCGUUGUUGGCGGAUGCAUUAAUUGAAAUCCAAGAACAACAUUUGGAUGAUGAUGAUGAGGAUAGUGACUGGGAAGAAGUUCAAACUGGGGAUGUGGAAACUGAUAAAGAUUUGCUUCAUUCACUGAGUACUACAUCAUCUGGUAGACCGACAUACAAACAUCUUGAAGCAAUGGAAAAAGUAUUUAACAAGGACCAAGAGGAUGAAUAUCAAGAUGACCAACUAAGUGUUACGGAUCCCCUUAAUCAGAUUAAUCUGGUUCACUAUCUUGGAGAUUUCUUUGUGAAUUUUUGUCAGCACGACAGACAGCUAUUUGGGAACCUUUGCCAGAGUUUGACACAGCCCGAACGAGAUGCUAUACAGAUGGUACUGAAUCGCUGAUGACUAUGUUUGGUAUGUCUACAUUGUUGGAUGCUGUUCCAUUCGUUGAUUGAAAACAAAUAUAUCUAUCUAUACAUAUAUAAUUGCCGCAGCUGCCAAGGGAGGAAAGACUAUAGGUUUGAGUUUUUAAAGCUGUAAUUUUCUUUUCCUUUUGGUUUCCUUAAAUGUAUUUUUAACAUUUAGACUGAGACUUGCAAUUUUGGAUUUAGCUUCAGUGCUGAGUGUUGAUUGAACAUUUUCUUAUGCGUA